CAUCACACAUAAGCUUAUAUUUGAACAAACUGAAACCGCACAAGAUAGCCACUAUGAGUGUACAGGGGCAAGUUCGAGACGUCAAGCAUGGCGGCAUCGGUGAAGUUGAAGCCGGAAAAGGCGUAAUCACCAGAUACGCCGAUGGCCGGGCGACGCGAUUUACUUUCAAAACAAAGUUCGACCGCGUGCCAAAUGUCCAGAUCACGCCAAUUCUAGGUGGUCAAUAUGAAGCCUUCCGAAACUUCUGGCUUUAUCACCUCCAUCCUACUGGAGGCCCGGCGGUCGAUGAGAGUGGGUUUUAUCUGGGAAUUUGUGGCGACACGGGUCAGACUAUUAACUUUGAGUACCUUGCUAUUGCUGUUUAUACAGCUGGAGAUGAGUAAGGGGGCACUGGGGUGCAGGAUGGUUACUUUGGCAUUGUGAGGGGAGGGGGUAGUACAAGUCGCUGUGUCGGUUAGGUAUCAACCUUUAAUAUGAAAAGAUUGAAGACGAA